GGACAAGAAGUCUGGCGAGCGGAGAGGCUUAGUUACAGGAAAGCUCUCUCAUUCAACUCUGGCAGGGUAUUCAAGAAUCUCAAAGCCGUGGCAUACGAGGUGUCCACAGAGUCAGGGGCUACAACAUCUCCUGGUACAUAUGAUGAGAAGAUGUUAGCAAACUAUGUACCAAUCUAUGUAAUGCUCCCUCUUGAGGUCAUCACAGUUUAUAACACUUUCAAGGACAGAGAUGGGAUAGAGCAGCAGCUCAAGAAGCUGAGUGCAGCAGGCGUUGAUGGAAUAAUGGUUGAUGUCUGGUGGGGAAUUGUGGAAUCCCAAGGUCCUAAACAGUAUGACUGGACUGCAUAUAGGAGCCUGUUUCAGAUUGUUCAAGGAUGCAAUCUGAAGAUACAAGCUAUAAUGUCGUUCCACCAAUGUGGUGGAAAUAUCGGAGAUGCGGUAAACAUCCCAAUUCCUAAAUGGGUACUAGGCAUUCAAGAAAAAGACCCUGAUAUAUUCUACACAAAUAGAAAUGGCAACAGGAACAGAGAAUAUCUCACAAUUGGUGUGGAUGACCAACCUCUCUUUUACGGAAGAACUGCUGUACAGAUGUAUAGUGACUACAUGAAGAGCUUCAGGGAAAACAUGUCAGAUUUCCUGGAAUCAGGACAGAUAAUAGACAUUGAAGUAGGUUUAGGACCUGCAGGGGAGCUAAGAUACCCCUCUUAUCCAGAAAGUCAAGGCUGGGUUUUUCCUGGUAUCGGGGAAUUUCAGUGCUACGACAAGUAUCUCAUAGAAGAUUUCAGGGAGGCUGCAAUAAAUGUGGGUCAUCCCAAAUGGGAACUCCCAGAUAAUGCAGGAAGUUACAAUGCCACUCCUGAAUCAACAGAAUUCUUUGGUCCAAACGGGGCAUACCUCACCGAGAGAGGAAAGUUUUUCCUGACUUGGUACUCUAACAAAUUAAUAACCCACGGUGAUCAGAUAAUGGAUGAAGCCAACCAGGUAUUCCUAGGCAGUAGAGUCAAGCUAGCGGCCAAGGUAUCUGGCAUACAUUGGUGGUAUAAAGAUGAUAGUCAUGCUGCAGAGCUCACUUCUGGAUACUACAAUCUGAAUGACAGAGAUGGCUACAGACCUAUUGCGAGGAUGCUGUCAAGGCAUCAUGCAAUUCUUAAUUUCACAUGUCUUGAGAUGCGAGACUCUGAACAAACUGCUCCUGCUAAAAGCGCGCCCGAGGAACUCGUGCAGCUGGUUCUGAGUGGAUGUUGGAGAGAGAAAAUUGAGGUAGCGGGAGAGAAUGCACUUUCAACAUAUGAUCGAGCUGCCUACAAUCAGAUACUUCUAAAUGCUAGGCCCAAUGGGGUCAGUAGAGAUGGCCCGCCAAAGCUGAAAAUGUAUGGAAUAACAUACCUUCGUUUAUCAGACAAGUUACUCGGAGGAAACAACUUCAAGAUAUUCAAGACAUUUGUGAAGAAAAUGCAUGCUGAUCAGGGCCACUGUGCGGAUUCAAGAAAGUAUGGCCAACGUUUAGAUCCACUAGAGCGUUCAAAUCCAAAGCUUCCAAUUGAAGAUUUGCUAGAAGCAACCAAACCAAUGAAGCCAUUUCCAUGGGAUAAAGAGACAGACAUGGGCGUCGGUGGUGCACUUGCGGAUUUCUUCGACAAAUUCAUAGAAACAAUCACCUCUUUCUUGAAGUGAGAAGACCAGAGAACGAGAAAGAGUGAAUAGCAGUACAAUAUUGCCCAUUGAGGCACAGACAUCUCCAAAGAUCAAAGUCCUUUCAUGGCAAAUCAGAUCCUGCUGAAAGGAGGGCAGACCAUAUGUCACUUGUGGCUUCUAAUUCCAAAGUCUCGAUCAGUUUGUAUGCUUCGGCCAAGAUCCACCAAACAUGUAAGAUGUGUAACUGUAGGCUUG